AUGGGAAAGAUAAAAGGUGGUCCAGUAGUUGAGAUGCAAGGAGAUGAGAUGACACGAAUCAUAUGGGACGACAUCAAAAAUAAACUGAUUCUGCCGUUUGUGGAUCUGGAUAUCCAUUUCUUCGACCUUGGCAUGGAAAACAGAGAUGCAACUGAUGAUCAGGUGACUAUUGACGCAGCAGAAGCCAUCAAGAAAUACAAUGUUGGGAUUAAGUGUGCCACCAUUACUCCUGAUGAAAAAAGGGUGGAAGAGUUUAAACUGAAGAAAAUGUGGAAGUCACCAAAUGGCACAAUACGUAACAUUCUCGGCGGCACUGUAUUCCGUGAGGCAAUUAUUUGCCAGAACAUUCCUCGAUUGGUGCCAGGUUGGAUCAAAAGCAUUGUCAUUGGCCGUCAUGCCUUUGGAGAUCAGUACAGGGCAACUGACUUUGUGGUACCCGGGCCUGGUCGACUUACAAUCAAGUUCUCACCUAAGGAUGGUGGUGAGCCUGUAGAAUACACAGUGUUCGACUUUGAGGAGUCUGGAGGAGUGGCUUUGGGCAUGUACAAUACAGAUGAGAGUAUUCGAGACUUUGCACACAGUUCAUUUCAGUUUGCCUUACAGAAGGAAUGGCCAUUGUACCUUAGCACCAAGAACACUAUCCUAAAGAAAUAUGACGGAAGAUUCAAGGAUAUUUUCCAAGAAAUCUAUGAGAGAGACUACAGGAAGCAGUUUGAGGCUAAAGGGAUCUGGUAUGAGCACCGGUUGAUAGAUGACAUGGUGGCCUACUGCAUGAAGUCUGAGGGCGGGUUUGUAUGGGCCUGCAAAAAUUAUGACGGAGAUGUGCAGUCUGAUUCUGUGGCUCAAGGUUUUGGCUCACUGGGUAUGAUGACCAGUGUGUUGAUAUGUCCUGAUGGGAAAACUGUAGAAGCUGAAGCAGCUCAUGGUACCGUGACACGCCACUACCGGUUCUACCAGCAAGGGAAAGAAACCUCAACAAACCCCAUAGCAUCAAUUUUUGCCUGGACAAGAGGUCUUGCACACCGUGCCAAGUUGGACAACAAUCCUGAAUUAACCAAGUUUGCUGAAAGUCUGGAGGCAGUUUGUGUUGAGACCAUUGAGUCUGGAAUAAUGACUAAAGAUCUAGCUAUCUGCAUUAAGGGUCUCAAUGGUGUCACCCGCAGUGACUACCAGGAGACUUUUGAGUUCCUGGACACCCUGGCUCAGAAUCUAAAGAAGAAGUUGGCUUCCAGUUGA